UAUGACAGAAAGAGGACGUUGCAAUAGAGAAGUGGUGUUUACAAAAGAAUGUAUUGUACAGGAGCGAGAGUAAGGUUUCCAUCACAGCCUUCAAAUCCAGAAAUAAACGCAUGUGUGCUAAGGGAUUAGGAGCAAAAGAAGCCAACAGCGUUUUGAAUGAAAACCCGCUGAUUUUCCAUCCUUUCAAGGAUCAGUCGCACAACGGAAGGUGAUGGAGCAGCAGAGGUGUCAAUCUUCAGUGUUGCAGAAGAACAGAUUCAUUUUGAGCGAUACAGGCGCAGCAAAGGAGAUCUUCAUUCUCAGCUACAUUCUCAACUACAUCGCAUUAAAGAUGAAACUUUCUGUGAAAUUGCCGUUACUGCCAUUACUCCAGCCGCAAUCAGAGUGGGGGGGACCUCACAUGCUUUCAGGAGUUUACGCCUUGUAGACGUGACAGAGUUUCACACCAGAGAGAAGGCUAUGGAGCUCUCCGUCUUUCAGCACAUCGUCAACCGUCACAUUGAAAGCGCAGAAAAUGUCCUGCUGAAUAAGUGGUUUCCUGAGGUGCAAAAAAUCAUCUACCAGAAGAGCAAACACAAACUGCUCCCCAAAAUCACCAAUACAUCUCAUCUGCUAUCUUUCUUCAACUCCAUAGCUGCCCUAAUGUGUUCUCAGCUCCAGAGUCUGGUCCUGGACUCUUUUCACGACUACACACACCUGAUAGCUCAGGACCCACGUUCGGUGAGAGCACACGAGCACCCGGGCUUGGUUCUGCGGCUGAUCCUGAAGCAGAACCAGAUAAUAUUCGAGCCGGAUUUCAAUGACUUUGAGGUGGUUUUGCUAAAUGUCUACGACACAAUGUUGAAAUGCAGCAGCUUGGUGCCUCGAGUCGAGACUAACCUGAGACUAACUGCUCGGAUAUGAAAAUUCCUUUUACUUAUUUUACAGCUGACCAUUGACUCCUACACAUUUUCUACACUGUCCUUUAUUUUGACUUUCUAACUGUAGCCAGCCACUGAGAAUGUCAGAACCCUGAAACCCAUCAUUC